UCUGUCAAUCAAAUUGUACAGCAGAUUUUCGGAAGAGGCGUUCAUUAAUUUACGUUUUUUGCUUAAAGCACAGUGGUUUUAUCGUUAAAAAUGCUUGCUAUAAUCAAUCGUAUCCUUGAUUGGAUUAAAAGCUUGUUCUGGAAAGAAGAGAUGGAGCUAACACUGGUUGGAUUGCAGUACUCGGGGAAAACAACUUUUGUUAACGUCAUUGCCUCCGGGCAGUUUAGCGAAGACAUGAUCCCAACAGUAGGAUUCAACAUGCGCAAAAUCACCAAAGGAAAUGUCACUAUCAAGGUUUGGGAUAUCGGUGGCCAGCCCAGGUUCCGCUCCAUGUGGGAGAGGUAUUGCCGAGGAGUUAAUGCUAUUGUCUACAUGGUGGACGCGGCGGACCCGGACAAGAUCGAGGCGUCUCGCAACGAGCUCCACAGCUUGCUGGAGAAGCAACAACUCACCGGCAUACCAGUGCUCGUACUCGGGAACAAACGGGACCUGCCGCAUGCACUCGACGAGCACGGACUCAUCGAGCGGAUGAAUCUUUCAGCUAUCCAGGACCGUGAGAUCUGCUGCUACUCAAUCUCGUGCAAAGAGAAGGAUAACAUCGACAUCACACUACAGUGGCUCAUCGCGCACAGUAAGUCCGGCAGCGCGCGUUAAUCGCACACCAUUAUCGACUCUAUGUGCAACACAUCUUUAGCACCUAAGGCGCAGUUUUGCCUGAACUUUCUUCGUAUUUAAAGUUCUUCGUUUGAUUACAUCUCUAUGCGACGAACGAACACGAAAUAUUUUCACAAUAUUGGUGACUUACACUGCACAAAAGACACGAGUCUUUUUGCUUCGUGAAAAGUCAAAAGACUGGCCUCGCGAAAAGACUAAAUAAUGCCUAAAUAAAUUGGACUUUGACAUUUCCUUACUGGUCGAUUUGAUCACGAGAGUGAACUUUAUGUGGUCAUUUUCUUUGAUUAAGUCGGUUACUCUAUGUAUAUUUGGCUACGAGACUGAAAAGGGACAUUUGAAGAGACUGCCAAGUAUACUACUUCACAUGACUGUUUCCUAACUCUCGGUUCAUUUAAGAAAGAUUCGUGGGAAAUGAACUGCGCCUUAUAGAGACUGUGCUUCUAAGAGAUGACCUUGUUGCAUUAUAUUGUAAGUUGCGAUUACAAUGGCGUUCAAUACUUUAUCACAGCGUAUUAGUUUCAAGAAGUAAAUUAUAUUAAGAGUAGGAUUCCAAAAAACAACGUGUUUUUCUUUUCUUACGUGUGUACUGUAUUGUUGAGAAUCUUGACAGUUUUGCCUCGCUUUGAAACCUGACAUUUUGAAGCAGUUUAAUUGUGAAGGAAUAAUAUUUUAGGAAUAUUUUUUUUUUCUUGCCUCGUAUUUGAAUGCGUUGUGUAUAAAGUAUUGGUCAAGCCAGUCGUGUCGUGAUAAAUAAAUUUAGCUUGAGUAAUGCACUCUCUAAAACAAAUGUUGAAUGUGGUGAAUUAUCUUGUCACAACACAACCGUUGGCUUCAAUUUGUUUUCAUUGUUUGAAAAUGGUGCCAAGCUGUAAUUUCAUUUGUUAAUAUCAUAUAAUUAAUUAUUAUUUACAUGGAAUAUUUAUUGAAAUGCAAUAAUUAUGUGAAAAGAUAAUAUUGUCACAUUACAAAUGUACGUUUACAUCUAAAGUAUAGUUUCUUUUAGAUACAUUUAUUGAAAGACGUUUUUACUCUUCCUGUUGUCGUUUCAUAUGUAAAUCUUGAAUAGUUAGAAUAUAUAUCGCAUUAAACUAAAAAUUAAACCUGCACAUAUCAAUUGUAUCGCGUUUAAUUUACUGUAAAGUUUAACAUUUGGUCUAAGAGUUGCUAUAUUUUAGAUGCAGUACUAUCAUAGUCUAUCAUGUUAGACUAUUUAGAUUCCUUAAUAAUAUUAGCGUUAUAUAUUAUAAAUAUACUUAUCUCAUAUUGUUAGCUAAAAAAAUAAGUUUAAAGGUAUCUAAUGUGCGAAUAAUUUUGUUGUUCCCUCGUUAGGCGCAACCUGUAUAUAAUAUGAACAAUCUACGUUUAUUAUGUAUAAAUUGAAGUACUGUUUUGAGGUAUGGACACAAUAUUUUACGAGAAUUUUCUAUGUCAGGACCAAGAAAUCGUAUGAAGUGAAAAGACACCUAUUUAGGAUAAUGUGCUUAACGAUUUACAGACAUAGAACCAUAGGCGCAUUGACCUAGAAAAGUAGAUCGUAUAGGCUUGUAAUAAAGAUUAUUUUCGAUUGUAAAAUAGUGUCUUCAUGACUCAAAAAACCAAUGAUCUUUAUUUAUUUUUGUCAUCCAACAAAAUUAUUCAUACACUAGCAAUGUUUUGUCGAAUAUAGAAAGUCACUAGAUGUGUAAUUAAUUGAAAUUGAAAACCCGCUUCGACUGCACAUUAUGUUUAUAUAAAUAAACGUUUAUAUAUAGUUGUAUCUUGUAAUAUAUUACAUAGAUUUGACAAGA